AUGUGCCACUGCGUCCAGCUUAAAAGGAAUGGCUACAGCUACAGGGUGGUGUUGGGAAAGCACAGUGUGUCCACAACCGAGCCGGGGGAGAUCACCCCUCCAUUGAGCUUGGCCGUCUGGCAUACCUACUGGAAUCCCAGCAUCCCAGCAAAUGGGUACGACAUCGCCAUGUUCAAGAUUGCAUCGCCCGUGACUCUCACAAGCAAGGUGCGCCUCGCCUGCCUGCCCACCGCCAACCAGAUCCUGCCCAACAACUACCCGUGCUACGUCACGGGAUGGGGUUCUCUCGACACCAGCGGCUCCUUCCCCAGCGCGCUGCAGCAGGCCAGCCUGCCCGUGGUGGACUACGCGACGUGCAGCCAGCCCAGCUGGUGGGGGAGCAGCCUGAGGAGCAGCGUCAUCUGUGCAGGGGGCAGCACACGCUCUGCGUGCUCUGGUGAUGGAGGUGGCCCACUGAACUGCCAGCAGUCAGACAAUGCCUGGGUGGUGCAGGGAAUCACCAGCUACGUCUCAUCUCUGGGCUGCAACACAAUCCGCAAGCCCACCGUGUUCACCCGUGUGUCAGCCUACAACAGUUGGAUCAGCAACUAUAAGUGA